UGAGAGGUAACGCUGACACACUUCUUGCAGUCUUAACCAAACAGUAGUAGUAGAGUGUAUAUCUUUCCAUCACUAUGAAUAGUAGAUUUAAAAUUAGUUUUCUUUAAUGCUGGAAGAUCACUCGACGUUACAAGCUAUGCUUCAUAAUGAUGCGGGGACAAGUGGAGGACAAGACAGAAGUACAAGGGAACACAAGCAAAUUCUCCAACUGGUAGAAGAGCCUCUUGAGUUUUCCAGAUCACAGAUAAAGUCCACUGUGGCCAAUUCAUCUUUAAGAGCCACUCAGUGCAUCAUCAUAAAGAGCAUUAGUGAAAAAAACAACAAGCAGCAUCAGCAAUCCAUCCUGCAGAGACCAUCGGUUCUCCGCAAGGGCAACCACACUCUGCCACACGCCUUGUCCAGCCAGUCUUGUGUUGGUGACUAUUCCACUGAAGUCGUAUUUAAGGAAGAAAUGGACAAUAAACUUCCAGUCAACUUGCCAUCUGAUUGCACAGAUGAUCCAACUAGAGACAAUUCCUCUGGACCAAGUCCUGCUUAUAGAGCAAAGGAGCAACAUACAGAUCCUCCACAGAUCUCUGAAAACCUUUUGUUUAACAAAGGUGUGUGCACGUGGCCAGGCUGCAAGGAAGCAUUCAAGGAAUAUCAUCACUUCCUGAAACACCUCUAUUCGGAGCAUGGCCCUGGGGAGAAAACCAUUGAACAGUGGACAAUGCAGAAAAAUAUGGUUGAACGCAUGGAAAGUCAGCUGAUUGUGGAGAAGCAGAGGUUACAGUCCAUGUACCUGCAUCUGUCUGAUGUUAACCCAAGACUAAAGCAGUCCACUGUACCUUCAGGAAGCAUGCAGUCCUGUCAGAAUUUAAGCAUUCUACAUGCACAAAGCACAACCUCGUCUGAAAUGCUCCCUUCAGGCUACUGGCAGAUCCCAACAACACCAUUUAUACCUGGGAUUGUCCACAGUAUUGAGUACUACAAAUACACGAAUCUGAGGCCACCAUUUACCUAUGCCUCCAUGAUAAGAUGGGCGAUUCUUGAAUCUCCUGAAAAACAGCUAACACUGAAUGAAAUCUAUCACUGGUUCACACGCAAGUUCUUUUACUUCCGUCACAACACAGCCACAUGGAAGAAUGCAGUUCGGCACAAUCUAAGCCUCCAUAAGUGCUUUGUACGUGUUGAUGGAGGAAAAGGCUCUGUUUGGACUGUGGAUGAAGCAGAAUUUUUGAGACGAAGAGGGCAGAAGUUACACAGGGACCAGGACAUGAGCUGGGUGGCACACUAUUCAAUGUUUUAUUCUCGAAACGACAUUCCUCAUUGUUAAAUCACAUCGUAAGACAUUCUGUGCAAUGUCAUAAAUACCUCAAACUGUUUAUUUCAAUGGAUCCAUGAUUAAUUGCGAGUAGCAAUUGAUUUUCAAUAGGCUUCAUUCUUGUUGACUUGCCAAUAUGACUAAACUGCCUAUAAGCUUUUAAGGAUUGAGAACUAUUUCAUUUUCGAUUUAAAUGCCAAAAAAAAAAAUUAUUCAGAAUUGGUUUUACCUGCAAAUUAUUUUAAAACUGAUUCAAAAAAGUGAAUUAUUAAAUAUAAUUUAAAAUUAACAUUUCAAUCGGACAGUCUUUAAGCAUAUAAUUAAUUUCAGUUUAAUUAAUGACAAUAAAAUAAAAUAAAAAUAUAUAUCUUAUUGUUUUUAUUAGUAGUAGUAGUAUUUUGUAUGUGAUUCCUGUUGGAAUUAUUUUAGCUUUUAUUUUUUUUUUUAUACAGAAAGACAGAUGUUCUACAGGGUAGAUGCCUAAAAUACUAAAUUGCAUAAAUUCUUGUAAUAUUUCAUUGUAUUUAAAUGUUCUUGACUGUCCUAUUUUAAACAAUAAAAAAAUAAUGAAUUUGAGAGUAAUACAGGUUUUUCUGUGUGUUAUUUAAAACUAGCGUAGGUACCCAGUGUUGAUAGAAAAAGGGUUUGUAGAGAUGAUUAAUAGGUAAAAGGUAAAAAUAAGCUGAUCGGCUUUAAUGUAAUCAGUGAUUAUUAUUUCCUGUUAAAACCCAUGUACUCAAGCCUGUCUUUCUCUCUGCCUAACUUAUUAUUAUAAUGAAAUAAAAUUUUGCAAGGUUGAGUAUCUUACGCCUUGUUUGCAUCAGCCAAAUACACUCCGUUUGCUAAUCUGAAAGUGAAUCACAGAUGACAAAUUGAAAGUGUAGAUUGUAUAAAGAAUAAGUUUUGUCUUAAAAUAACUCCAGCCGGUAUAAAAAAAAAUCACUUAUACCACUUCAGCGCUGUCAUUUCAAUGGUGAAAGUAUGAACUAAUCUCAGUAAAAAUAUAUUUGCUUUAGCUUUUCUAAUUGAUAUAUAUUGGUGCAGGUGUUUGUUUACAUUGAUCAAAUAGCUUAUUAGUAGCUUAUUUUGAAGUAAAUUGUUAAAUCUGCCACCCAACUGUUCAUAAUAUGGCUUUUACUCAUCAUUGUAUAUUUGACUUAUGUUGCAGGUUAAACUUCAAGCAGUUAUCUAAGUACUGUAAAAGUUUCGUUUAAUGAUGUCGAUUUAAGACGCGCCCACAGUUUGACGCAUGCGCAGUACGCUAUAAAAACUUUUCACUGUCGGUUUAUAAUCUGGCACAAAACUGCUCAUACAGACAGUACUCGUUUCUGAGACUGGUUCUGGGUCCUCCAAUGUUUGAAACGUAAAGAUAUAAUUAAAAGACCGAGUU